AUGACGAAUAAUCCCACAGCCCCUGUGCUGAUCCCCAUGACCAUUGAAGCACCAUUCCUGGGACAUUGCUACACAACCUGGAAUUGCCAGGAAUUCCCCGGAAUUAGCAACACUUCCGACAUGUCAAUGGAGAGUUGCUGCAAAGAACUGUGGGGUCACAGCUGGAGGAACAUCUCUUCGGGUUUCUGCUUCUCCUGUUCCCAUGUUAUCCUGACAGAGGCUCUGUCCACUCCGCUGCUGCUCAGACCAGCUGCCCUGCUCAGCCCCUCCAAGGACCAGCGGCUCUUUGCUUCCUGCCUCAGCUGGAGCGGCUUCCAUCACCGAACCUUCGAUGGAAAACACUUCCACUUUGAUGGCACCUGCACCUAUAACCUGGCCUCGGCACUGGAUGGGACGUGGGCUGUCUACCUGUCCACCAGCCGCUGCCCCGCACCCCACAGAGAGUGCCCGAAGGUGCUGAGGGUUAUGUUUGGUUUGGACCUGAUCUUGACUCAGAAUCGAACUGUGAUCAUCAACGGGGCAGUGCUCCCACCUGGAAGGCCCUAUCUUCACAAUGGGAUCAGCGUCCGCUGGCUGGGGGACUUUAUUUUCCUGGAGAGCGGCCUCGGGGUGCGCUUGGAACUGGAUGGAAAUCAACAGGUGUCAGUGACGGUGUCGUCGGAGCUGAAGGGAAUGACUCGUGGACUGUGUGGAGUUUACAAUGACGUUGCAGAGGAUGAUUUCACCAUGGCCUCAGGGUCUGUGACCCCCGUUGCUGCCGCCUUUGGCAACUCCUGGAGAGUCACCCUGUCUGAACCGGAGGUCUGUGAUGAAGCUUCGGAGCACAGCCCGGGCUGUGAUGCUCAGGACCCUGGUCUCCCACCAUCUGUGGAGUCUCUGUGUCGCCGCCUUCUCUCCCCACCCUUCACCCAGUGCCACGCACAGGUGAACCCGGACAGUUACCUGGAAACCUGUUUCUUCCCGUUCUGUGCUGGGGCGGGUACGGAGGAAGGGAAACACCGUGCGGUGUGUCAGACCUUCGCCAGUUACUCCCGGGAAUGUGGACAGCGGCAGAUCUACAUCCAGUGGCGAUCUCCGGAAUUCUGUGGGAGGAGUUGCCCAGACGAGAUGACGUACUCGGACUGUAUAUCCUCCUGCCCGCCCAGCUGUGAGAUGGUGGGCAGCCCCGGGGUGGGGUCGUGCCGGGAGGAGUGUGUGAGUGGCUGCGAGUGUCCUCCAGGGCUGUACCAGGAGGGCGAUCGGUGUGUCCAAGCCGACCAGUGUCCGUGUUAUCACCGUGGGCAGAAGUAUCCACCUGGACAGAUGAUUGCACACAAGUGUAACCACUGUGUGGGACUCCCAGUAAAUGCUGGGAAACGCAGGCCCAGUGCGGUGUUCCCGGUGAAUGCUGGGAAACGCAGGCCCAGCGCGGUGUUCCCGGUGAAUGCUGGGAAACGCAGGCCCAGCGCGGUGUUCCCGGUGAAUGCUGGGAAACGCAGGCCCAGCGCGGUGUUCCCGGUGAAUGCUGGGAAACGCAGGCCCAGCGCAGUGUUCCCAGAGAGUCCUGGGGCGAUAACGCCCAGUGGGGAACAUGUGUCCAGCUGUUUCAUCACCCGGACCCAGGAGCCCAGCUGUGUGCCUGUUCUGUGCGUGUGUCAGCGGGGACGCUGGGCCUGUACACAGGAGCGGUGUGCGGCAGAGUGUGCCGUGCUGGGAGACCAUCACUACACAACCUUCGAUCACAGACAUUAUUCUAUCCACGGAGCCUGUGAAUACACACUGGUCGAGGAUUACGUGGAGGGGAAGCUGCUGAUCAGCGGGGAGUACGGGAGCUGUGGGAGCGCAUUGGGGGGCUGUCUGAGGGCCCUCACCAUCAUCGUCUACAGAACCGUGGUGAAACUACGCAGGACAGGGGACGUCAGUGUGAACGGCCGGGACACGGAGCUGCCCUUCACCAACAGUGACCUAUCACUACAGCCGCUCUCCUCUUCCUUCCUCCUGCUUCAUUCCUUUGGGGUCGAGCUGCUGUGGGGUCUGGAGUUCACGGCCGCCUACAUCACUCUGCAGCCCACCUUCGCCCACAGGGUGCGAGGACUGUGUGGGACCUACAACUGGAACCAGAACGAUGACUUCCUCACCCCGCUCGGUGACAUUGAGACCACACCCACUGCCUUCAUCCAGAAGUUUGGAGCAUCCGUCAGCUGCCCCGAGGUCGUCUCCCUCACCCUCGACCCCUGCAACACCUUCGCUCAGCGCCGAGAGUUCGCAGAGGAGUCCUGUCAGGUUCUCCGCAGCGUGGUCUUCCAGUCCUGCCAUGACCUGGUUGAGGUGGAGCCUUACUAUGACCUGUGUCUCUACGACGUGUGUGGGUGUGCAGGCGGCACGGACUGCCUGUGUGGGAGUGUUGCUGCGUACGCGAGGGCGUGUGCACAGGAGGGUGUGCACGUACACUGGAGGUCCAGCAGCACCUGCCCCGUUGAGUGCUCUGGUGGCCGUGUGUACACUGACUGUGGCCACUCAUGUGGACGUUCCUGCUGGCACCUGAGGAUGGAGCUGGGCUGUGCCUCGUCGGUGGGCUGUGUGCCCGGCUGUAGCUGCCCUGAUGGACUGUUGCUGGACGACGAGGGUCAGUGCAUCCCCCCCUCCCUGUGCUCCUGCCUGCUUGAAGACGUGGUGCACCCCCCUGGAACGGUCAUCAGCAAGAGCUGCAAUACUUGCUUGUGCACUUCUGGCGUUUGGAACUGCACUGACCAGGUGUGUCUCGAGGCCGUUUCGUGCCCCAAUAAUCUUGUCCACACCUUCCACUCCUGCCCCAAGACUUGUCACUCACUUGAUGCUGACAGGACCUGUCUGGACCCCUUCGAAGGCUGUGGAUGCCCAGAGGACCUCGUGUUGCUGGGUGACCGGUGUGUAACACCAUCACACUGCCCAUGUCGCCACAAUGGCCGCCUGUACCAGAGGAACCAAACCAUCCGUAAGGACUGCAACACCUGCCUGUGUGUGGACCGGAGGUGGCGGUGCAGCCGGGAGCCAUGUGCGGGGACCUGCCUGGCGACGGGAGACCCCCACUACCUCACCUUCGACGGCAGGAUGUUCACCUUCCUGGGCGACUGUGAGUACGUGUUGGCCCAGGAGCAGAGCGGCCUCUUCACCGUCACCGCCGAGAACGUGCCCUGUGGCACCAGCCGCGUCACCUGCACCAAAUCCAUCGUCGUGGCCAUCGGCACCACCCUGGUCCAUCUGCUGAGGGGGAAGGACGUGACAGUGAACGGUGUUGCAGUGAGAGUUCCCAAAGACUACAGCGGCAGCGGCCUCUCUCUGCGCCAGGCUGGGCUCUUCGUGGCCGUCAUCUCACAGCUGGGACUGACGGUUCUCUGGGAUGGGGGUACACGAGUAUAUGUGCAGCUGGAGUCUCAGUUCCAGGGUCGUGUCAGUGGGCUGUGUGGUAACUUCGACGGGGACACAGAGAAUGACUUCAUGACUCGGCAGGGAAUAGUGGAAGCAACAGCGAAUCGCUUUGGGAAUUCCUGGCGAGUCAGCCAGACCUGUCCCGAAGUUCAGGGUGUUGAUAACUGGCAGCCCUGCUCUGAGAAUCCCCAUCGUGUGACCUGGGCUCGGAAACGCUGCAGUGUCAUCAGUCAGCGCCUCUUCCAGCCAUGUCAUCUGGAGGUGCCCUACCAACCCUUCUACCACUGGUGUGUCUUCGACGCCUGUGGGUGUGACACAGGCGGGGACUGUGAGUGUCUGUGCACAGCCAUCGCUGCCUACGCUGAAGAGUGCAACAAGAGAGGGGUGUACGUUCGCUGGCGGUCACAGGAUCUCUGCCCCCUGCAGUGUGAGAAGGGGAAGGUUUACGAAGCCUGUGGACCCCCAUGUCAACACAGCUGUGCCGAGAGGGCUGGGAGAUCUGACACCCACUGCCCCUCCCUCCCAUGUGUCGAAGGAUGUUUCUGCCCCGAGGGAACAGUGUACUCGGGAAGCUGCAUCGACCCCACCCGGUGCUCCUGUUACUGGGGUGAAGCCGUCUUUCCUGAGGGAACUGAGAUCACUCAGGGCUGCAGGAACUGCUCGUGCCAGGCUGCGGAGUGGGUGUGUGUGGGACCACUGUGUGAGGAGCCUUCCCCGUGCACAGACUCGGAGUUCCUGUGUGCUUCUGGCCGCUGUGUCCCCAGGGCCUGGCUCUGUGACAACGAGGACGAUUGUGGGGAUGGUUCUGACGAGCAGUGUGUGUCGAGCUGUGAGCCCUGGCACUUCCAGUGUUCCAGUGGACAGUGCGUGUCCCAGAGGGAGCGAUGUAACGGCUGGCCAGACUGCACUGACCAUUCGGACGAGAGGGAUUGUCCCCUGCCUCGCUGUGAACAAGACGAGUUCAGCUGUGGGACGGGACUGUGCAUUGCUGCUGAGUUGGUGUGUGACGGACACGUGGACUGUGGUGACCAGUCUGACGAGACAGGUACUGUGCAUCACACGGAGAGCGCGGGCACGCAUGCACACAUCCCCAACACUGCCCCACAGGGAGAUGUUGCGCGCUACAUGGAGACCGCGGGCACGUGGGCACACAUCCCCAGCACUGCCCCACAGGGAGGUGUCACGCACCACACGGACAGCGCAGGCUCGUGUGCACACAUCCCCAGCACUGCCCCAAAGGGAGACCAUACGGCCCUGAAGCCUGGUCUGGUAAAACACCUGAAUGAUCCGUUCCGCGGUUAUUCAGAAGUCCCAAUGGUUUGGCGUCUGGACUGCCGGUCUCCGUGUGCAGCGACAGAGUUCCAGUGUGGGACGGGUCAAUGCAUUGUCUACACUCAGAGGUGUGACGGACACAAUGACUGUGGAGACUUCAGUGAUGAGCAUUGGUGUGUGUGUGGAGCAGGACAACGACAGUGUCCCGAUGGUCGAUGCCUGAACAACGAGCAGCUCUGUGACGGGACUGAGGACUGUGAUCCAGGAGUGGAUGAGCAGCUCUGCCCACCCACAGCGUGUCGCCAUUACGAGUUCCAGUGUGAAAGCGGUGAGUGUACCCCACAGGGUUGGGUGUGUGACCGUGAGCUGGACUGUGUGGACGGGAGUGAUGAAAAGCACUGCAACAGGACCUGUGAUGUGGGAGACUUCCAGUGUGCAGACAGCACCCAGUGUAUCCAACACCAGCAACUGUGUGAUGGUGCCCCACAGUGCCCAGAUCACUCGGAUGAAGACAUAGACAACUGUGGCUCAGCGGGAAUCCCACCCUGUCCUGGCAGAUUUCCCUGUAGCAACAACAUGUGCAUCGAGCUGAGCCGUGUGUGUAACGGGGUCCCUGACUGCCCGUUGGCCGAGGAGGAGCUGAACUGUGAACUAGUGGCCCCCACAGCAUCGCCCUCCGGUGGGAAUGAGACAUCGAUCGGCUGCCCGGAGUAUCCCUGUUCCAACGGGAAGUGCAUCACCUUCAUGCAGGUGUGCGACAGAAUCAAUGAUUGUAAUGAUGGAUCUGAAGAAACAAGGGGUUUCCCUUCGGAUGAAGUGAAUUGUGGGAUAUGGUCACCAUGGGGAUCCUGGAGCGACUGUAGCCAAACGUGUGAAGCUGGAAUACAGUCUCGCCGACGAGUGUGUGCAAGUUUGUUGGAGGAUGUGCUACGGCAGUGCCGAGGGCACAAGAGAAGUUUACACUGUCUGACUGUUCAUCUGCCUGCAGAGGACGGCCAGUGGACGGAGUGGACAGAGUGGUCAAACUGCACACGAGACUGUGAGGGGCUUGUGAUCCGAGAGAGGACCUGUUUGAGCCCACGCAAUGGAGGGAAGCCCUGUCUACAGCUGCCUGAGUCACCCGUCACUCUGGACAUCACUCCCUGCCAUUCAGACGACUGUCCCAGUGCUCACCACUGUCCUGAGCAUCUGGUUAGAUGGGACUGUGCUACCUGCCCUUUGACCUGUGCACACCUGGCUACAGAGACCAGCUGCCCCCCAACUGCCAGCUGUUUCCCAGGUUGUUGGUGCCCAGAGGGGUUGGUGCUGGACAUUGACCAGCACUGUGUCCACCCUGCCGACUGCCCAUGUCAUGUGGAUGGGGUCAAGUACUGGCCUGGUCAGACGGUCAAGGUUAACUGCGAGCACUGCACCUGUCUGGGUGGCCGUCUGCAGCAGUGUCGUCUGAACCCUGACUGCUCAGUGGACUGUGGCUGGUCGAGUUGGUCUCCCUGGGGCGAGUGCCUGGGGCCCUGUGGGGUCCAGAGUGUUCAGUGGUCGUUCCGCAGCCCCAACAACCCCAAGCAACAUGGACAGGGGAACCAGUGCCGAGGCAUUUACCGCAAGGCUCGCAGGUGCCAGACAGCAGCUUGCCAGGACUGCAUCUCCCAGGGCAGGACCUUCGCAAUGGGUGAACGUUGGAGGGUCGGACAGUGUGAAGUUUGUCAGUGUUUGGAGGGGCAGCAAGUUGAUUGUUCCACAUACUGUCCCCUCACUGCACUGGGCUGUCCACAGGGUCAGAGACUGGUUGAAGGAUCAGCUGAGAGAUGCUGUUACUGUGCCAGGACAGGUCCUGAGGAAUCCACGCAUCCUUCCACAUUCCCCAAUAUCUCCGGUUCUCCAGAGGUGGGCUCUGUUACCCAGGCUGCUCCAGGAGAGGUGACCCUACCUCCAACAACCACAGCAGGCUGCCGGAGUGGGGAGUUUCGCUGUCACAAUGGCCACUGUGUUCUGGCUGGGGUUGCAGGACUUGUGUGUGAUGGAGUCAAUGACUGUGGAGAUGCUUCGGAUGAGCUCUACUGUGGAACGGUUCCCUCAACCAGGAGGGGUCCAGGGGGCUGUCUACAGUCAGAGUUCCACUGCAGAGUGAGUGGGACGUGUGUGUCAGUGUCCAGGAGAUGUGACGGGCACUCAGACUGCAGGGAUGGCACCGAUGAGAUCGGCUGUGUCAUUUCCAGUACCACACAGAGUUUGAAGAUGGUCACUGCCCAAGAGAUGAGCAGGAUUGACCACCAGCCAAGCUCCCAGGAAACAUGGACCAGGACUCCAGCAACUAGUUCACUGCCCACCUCAGACAUCGACCGCUGGGCCAUCAUUGGACCAUCCGCUGGGAUCUCAUCAAGCACCACCCUCGUUCCACCACGCCAAGGUUCAGAGAUCACAGAGGCACAACAGUUUGACCAGAAACGCACAUCUAUGGAGCCCGGGACCAAGGCUCAGGGAAGGGACAGAUCUGCAGAGCCCAUCUCCCGGCCCCAGCCCCCAGGUCCCUGUGACCAGGCGCUGGGGCUGGAGGAUGGGCGGAUCCGUUACCAGCAGCUGAGUGCCUCGUCGUCUCGGGAGAGCAACCCCCCCGACGCUGGACGUCUCAACAUCAUCCCCAACAUACUGAACCUGGAGCCUGGCUGGAGCCCGGCAGAUUGGGAUCCUAGCCCUUACUUCCAGGUGGAUUUUCUGGUGCCGACAUUUGUAUCCGGUGUGAUUACCCAGGGAGGGACUCGAUCCGGGGGCUUCAUCACCCACUACAGGCUCACAUCCAGUUACGAUGGGAUCCACUUUGUAAAUUACACAGGCACAACAGACUGGACAUUGCCUGCACAGAUUCUUCGAGCAAAUUCUGACAGUAACACUCCAGUGAGGCAGGACCUCAAACAGCUGAUCUUCGCUCGUUACCUGAGGAUUAUUCCAGUCCAACACAUUAAUGGGAUCUUCCUGCGCACUGAAAUUCUUGGCUGUCCCUGGACCCAGUUGUCGACCCUGGAGCAGGUUCUGGGUCCAGGAGUUCCGGGAUCCCCGGCUACCUCCGUAACCAGCACAACACAGGGCCCUCUGGACACAGGCUCGCAGGGUGCUUGGACUGCAUCCAGAGGUUGGCAGCCUACCACACCACCGAGGCCCUUCCUACCCAACCUCUGUCAGCAGGGAGAGUUCCAGUGUCAGAGUGGAGAAUGUGUCAAUGCCUCCACGGCCCUGUGCAAUCAGAUGCCUGAGUGCAGGGACUUCUCUGAUGAAGAGGGAUGUGGAUGGGGUUCGCUCUCCAGCUCGCCGGCAGGGUCCAGGUGGAGUCUGUCCUCAACACCACAGGCUGAUAACCUUCCACCCCUCAGUGUUAACACGACGAGUACAUCAGAGCCAACACAAAGUCCAGAAUUCUGGGGAAACUUGCCUCCAUUUCUCCGAGUUCUCUGUCUGCACGGACAGUUCAAGUGCAGCUCAUUUGACUGCAUCGACUCAGACCGGGUCUGCGAUGGGAUUCCCGACUGUCCUGACGGCUCAGAUGAACAGCACUGCGGUUCAUCUCCCGCCCCAGUGACGCCCCCAGCAAGGAUCUCGGGACUGAAGGUCUCCACCGUUCGUCCAAGCACCUGCUCAAUCAGACAGUUCACCUGUGGCAGUGGGGAGUGCCUUCCCCAGCACCAGAUGUGUGACCUCCAGCCUGACUGCCAGGAUGGCUCCGAUGAGAAGGACUGCGUGGAUUGUGUGGUAUCGGUGUGGACGGCAUGGAGCAGCUGCAGCCAGAGCUGCAGCCUUGGGGUGAUGUUCCGGCAGAGAGAGGUGCUGCGCCCAGCCCUCCCUGGUGGAUGGUGUAACAUCACCCUGUGGGAUACCCGAGCUUGCUUCAGGCAGGCCUGCCCAGUGAAUGGCAGCUGGUCAAGUUGGAGCGAGUGGUCAGCAUGUGAUGCCGAGUGUGGGGGUGGUGUGCGAACUCGUCACCGUGAGUGUGUCAGCCCGCCACCGAAGAAUGGAGGCUCGUCAUGUGCAGGGUCCUGGAUGGACAGCGAGUCCUGUAACCGGCACCUGUGCCCCGGCGCAGUCGACUGUGGCCCCGAAAUGGUUUACGUUUCUGCGGAUGAAUGUGAGCAUCAGACCCUGGAACCGUGCCCUUUAACCUGCCAGGGCCAGAGCUCAAUCACAAACUGCACCUCUGUCUGCAGACCAGGCUGUCGGUGUCCCGAGAACCUUUUCCUUCAGGACCAGCACUGUGUGAACAUCACCAUGUGUCGCUGCCAUCAGAACACUGAGAGCUACCAACCCGGACAAGUUGUCUUCAUCAAUGAUUGCAGUCGCUGUGUCUGUCACCUCGGCCACCUGACCUGUGAUGAUUCACUUUGUCCCACUGAUUGUGGUUGGUCGGCUUGGUCACCGUGGACACAGUGUUACCCUCGAUGUGGUGUUGGAGUUCAGGAGCGAUACAGGUCUCCAACAAAUCCCACUGCCUCAAACAAUGGUGCCCCCUGUGUGGGGGACAGUGUGGGUGUGCAGGGCUGUUACACAACGUGUGGCUCAGAUGCUGGGGUCUCUGUCCAAGGCUGGAGUGAGUGGUCUUUGUGGUCACCCUGCAGCCGGACCUGCUUCCAUGAUGUGGAUGAAGUUUCCUUGAGGAGGCGGUUCCGAGAGUGUCAUGGUCCUGGUGGUAUUGAGGCCGGCUGCCCAGGGAAAAGUGUCCAGGAGGAACAGUGUGUGACACAGCCCUGUGCUGUGCCAGGGCGGUGGAAUCCCUGGAGUCACUGGUCCAAGUGCAGUUCCCUCUGUAAUUCUGGAGUCCAGACCAGAAAUAGAAGCUGCAUGAAUCCAGUGGCAGGUGACGGAGAAGCCAAGUGCGUGGGACCUCACAUCCAGACACGGGACUGCAACACCCAGCCGUGUGACAAGCUCUGUCCGGAGGGAAUGACGUACCGUACUGCGGAGGAGUGUCUCCAGUCAGGGGGAGCGUGCCCCCGGGCUUGUCAAGACCUGGCAGCUGAUGUCGAGUGCACCACUCAGUGUUACGACGGCUGCUACUGUGUGCAAGGCUUGAUGCUGCAGAACGGCUCCUGUCUCACCCCGCAGGACUGCAGCUGCUUCCAUGAGGGUCACUGGCUGCCCCCUGGUCACAGCCUUCCCCGGGACCCCUGUAACAACUGUACCUGUCUAUCUGGAGUAAUGGUGUGUGGGAUCGAGCCCUGUGCAGUGGACUGUGGCUGGAACCAGUGGACGGCCUGGAGUUACUGCAGUAAAACCUGUGACGUUGGAUCCAGACACCGGUACCGAUUGCCCACACCCUCCGGUGGUGGCGGCAGAGACUGCCAGGGCCCCCAGAUGGAGACCGACCACUGCAGCCUACAGCUCUGUGACGGAGAGUCCCCUUCCAACUGCUCUGAUGGGAUGGUGUGGCAAGAUUGUGCUGGUGGAAUUGUGACGUGCACAGAGCUCAGGGCGAACAAUGUGUCCAACAGGAGAUGCAGUCCUGGGUGUUUCUGCCAAGAGGGGCUGGUACUACAGGUGAGCAAGCGAAUCCCUUGUUUUGAUUCAGCAGGAGAUAAAUAUAUAUUCUCUGUCCUCAGCUAUUGCCUAAGUGGCCAGAUUGGAAACUGCUCGCAGCUCCUGUGUGACGUGAAUGGUCAUUGGUCAACUUGGUCUCCGUGGAGUGACUGUUCCACUUCAUGUGGAGGAGGAGAGCAACAUCGAUUCCGAUUCUGUUCAAACCCCCCUGCCUCUGGCAAUGGUCUGCCCUGUGCUGGCCCUGAACAGGAAGGUUCUCCCUGCAACACACAGCCCUGUGCCAGAUCUGGGCAUUGGGGUGACUGGGCCUUGUGGACAGACUGCUCACGGACCUGUGGGGAGGGUGUGCGAUCUCGCAGCCGAGUCUGUGACAGCCCGGCUCCGCAGGGUGAUGGAGAUUUCUGCGUGGGUCCAAGUACCGCAGCCGAAUUGUGCUCCAAAGGGCAGUGCCCAGUGACAGAUUGUUCAUCUAUCAAUGGUUCUGUGUAUGACCUCUGUGGACCUGCUUGUCCUCGAUCCUGCUCCGACCUCACGCACUGUAUCUGGAGCUGUGAACCAGGUUGUUACUGUACAAAUGGCAAAGUGUUAAAUGAGAAUGGAACCUCAUGCGUUGAUCGACAGGACUGUUCGUGUCUUGAUCUAGUAACAAGAAAGAGAUACCUACCGGGUAUAGUCAUACCUGGAGAUGAUGGGUGCAAUAACUGUUCCUGUGUGGAGGGUGAACUGAUUUGCACCAAUCACCCCUGUGCUGUGGAUGGAGAAUGGUGUCCCUGGUCUCCAUGGACACCUUGCUCCAAAACAUGUGGUGCGGAGUCGACUUCACGGUACCGUUCCUGCGCCUGUCCAGAGCCACGGAACAAUGGAACAAUGUGUGAGGGAACGGAACAAGUUCAUGGAAACAUUGGCCUGCAAAUCGCCAUGGAACGCUGCCCCUCUGUGUCCUUCUGCCCAGUGGACGGUGCCUGGAGUCCAUGGUCAGUGUGGUCAGAGUGUGAUGGAUGUGUGGGUGUGUCAGUGCGAGCCCGGAGGUGUAACAGUCCACCACCACGAUUUGGAGGCUCACAGUGUCCAGGCGAGGCCGAGCAGAGCCGAGCGUGUCACAACAAUUCCACUCUGUGCACAGACUGUGCUGGGGACCAGGUCUUGCUCUCCUGUGGUCGGACGUGUCCUCGAUCCUGCGAUGACCUCUCUCCAGAUGUACUUUGUCUGGAUGAUGUUGUUCCCAAAGCAGAUCCUGACUCCAUUUGCCGGCCAUCAUGUGGUUGUCCCGCUGACCUGCUGCUGCAGAAUGGGUCGUGUGUUCCUCGUAGGGAGUGUCAGUGUAAGUCUCGAGACAUUAGUGCGAACAGCAGCUGGAGCCUGUACCCAGGCGCUGGUGACUGGAUAUACACAGCAGCUGGAGACAGCAGAGACACUGAGUGCAGCAACUGCUGUCGGCUGGAUGGGGGUUGGAGUCCGUGGGGUCCCUGGAUGCCAUGCUCGGAGUCCUGUGGAGGGGGUUCCCAGCAACGUGUGCGGGAGUGCGACAGUCCGAGGCCCCAGAACGGUGGUACACUGUGCUUGGGAAGUGCCAGCCAGAGCAGGGAAUGUAACACGAAGAACUGUGGAGCCGAACGCGACGCAUUCCCGAAAGGAAAACUCGGAGAUGUUGUGGCUGAAUCGGAGCACACUUUACUGAGUGAAGCAAAAUGCACGCGUGCGCAAAGCUACCCGAGAGCCCCUCCGGCGGACAUGAUGUCAGGAUCCCACCGGAAGCCCCGCCCCGCAGUUAGCUCGCGACGCACUGCUGCACGUCCGCCCGCGGCCGCCAAUGGCUGUUCGAGUCCCAUAAGUACAGGCCGCUACACCAUCCCCCCCGAAGCGUCCAUCGGGGGCAUGGGACCCCCAGUCUGUGUGUCCCUCUUGGGUGGCCUGCCCUGUCGGGGCGGUGAGGGUACCUUCACCAGCUGUUCAAUGUCCAAAUGUGCUGGUUUGAGGCUGGGGUCUGCCAGUAGACGUGUCGCACAGGAGCUGAAACGCAGUUGGGCCGACGGGGACGUCCUCCAACUGGAGCCCCGAAACGGCAGUGCGGUCCCAGCUGAAAAAGGCGAGCGGUCACUACUGGCCCUUGAUGAGCUGCUCCAGGACUCCGCCGACCGCUGUGUCGGAAGCGUUGACUGUGAGCGCCGUGGGCACAUCGAUUCUGAGGUGUACCAGGAGGAUCACUUUCGCCAACGCUCCUUUGGUCCGCUCGAAAACCUCCGUGGACUCCACGUCCCAUGCCACCUCUUUGGCUUUGCCAGUCAUCAGUCGGCAUGGAGCAAAUGGUCGCCAUGGUCACUGUGCAGCGUGUCGUGUGGAGGUGGGGAGCAGAUCCGGUCUCGAUUCUGUCACAAUCCACCUUGUGAGGGAUUCGCAGUGCAGAGUAAAACUUGUCAGACUCGGGUUUGUCUGGAGGUUGGCUGCCCAUCAGAUCGAUUAUACCGGGAGUGUGUGGGUGCCGAGGGUUGUCCCUACAGCUGUGCUCAUCUCAGUGGCCUGGUGGAUUGUUUCAGCGAGGGCUGUGAGGAGGGUUGUCACUGUCCUGUCAACAUGUACCUGCAUAAUGGAACCUGUGUCAAGGAAUGUGGCUGUGUUAUAACUGAGGACAUUCUGCAGCUAUUCCGGAAUCACUCACUGAAUCCGUCAAUCGCUCCCACUAUUCUGACGGACAAUGGGGCUGUUCUUCAGGAGGAGAUCUCUCCGGGAGUCACUCUGCAGCACGAAUGCAGCAGCUGCUCCUGCAGCCAUGGACGCCUGAAUUGUUCGUUCUUCUCCUGUGUCUUGAAUGGACAGUUUUCCACUUGGAGCCCCUGGACUUCCUGUUCUCGCAGUUGUGGGGGGAUUGGACACAUGACCAGAUCACGUGACUGCUCAAAUCCAAAGCCAACCAAUGGGGGCAGAGACUGUAUCGGACCACGAGUUGAUGUCAAGUUUUGUCAGCCUGCCGAGUGUGAGGUGCCCAUACCGACAAAGGAACCUGUUGACAGUGUACCAGAUUCUGACGGAUUUUCUCCCUGGACUGCUUGGACUCGUUGCUCCAGGAACUGCUCGGACUCUGAGUUCCCCAGCAUGAAGAACCGCACCCGUUCCUGCCAUCGCCUGAACUGCACUGGAGAAACCUUCCAGGAACGUCCUUGCAACCUGCCCCAGUGCACAAAUGUGACAGAAUGUUCAGGUGAGAACUGUACCAGGAACUGCAGCUGGAACAUGUGGUCUGAAUGGAGUAUAUGUUCACGUGGUUGUGGUGUCGGUCAACAGCAUCGUCUACGGACUUACAACGCUCCAAGGUCGGGUGGUCAGUGGUGCAGGGAGAUCCUGACAGGAAAUCUGGAGAUACGUUUCUGUAACAUAAAGGCUUGCAGAGUGAAUGGUGGCUGGUCCAGUUGGAGUCCGUGGUCAACGUGUGACCGGGCUUGUGGAGGAGGAAAGUCUCUCCGGAUACGGUCCUGUACUGAACCACCUCCAAAGAAUGGAGGCAAGACCUGCACUGGAGAGCUUGAAGUGACAUUGUGUAACGUCCAACCCUGCGGUGCCGAUGGCUGCCCCACUGGCCUGGAGUAUGUCGAUUGUGCCAACCGAUGUCCCCGAGCCUGCAUCGAUUUCCAGAGUGGAAUAGUCUGUUCCAACAGUGGAGUGUGUGAACCAGGCUGUCGAUGUCCAAAUGGAUCCCUUGAACAGGAUGGUGUUUGUGUGGCUCCCUGGCAGUGCCAAUGCACUGACUCGUUUGGUAAAACCUGGGCACCAGGGAGCAUGCAGCAGAUAGACUGCAACAACUGCACUUGUACUGACGGACUGAUUACCUGCUCCAACAACAGCUGCCGGACCUCAGACUGUGCUUGGAGUCAAUGGUCAACUUGGUCAUCCUGCAGCAUCAGCUGUGGGACUGGCAUUCGAUCUCGCUUCAGAUCAUCAACAUCAGAAUCCCUUGACAGAAAAUGUGAUCAGGAUCAAGUACAAACCAAACUCUGUGACCAAGGCCAGUGCCCAGUGUUGUGUUUACACGAUGAACAGGAAAUGCAGUUUGGAGAGACUUGGUUUGUCGGUGAAUGCAAGCAAUGUUUGUGCGCACCAGAAGGAAUCUAUUGCCAACCCCUGGACUGUCGAGUGGAUGGAGGGUGGACACCUUGGUCACCAUGGUCCGACUGUCCGGUAACCUGUGGUUGGGCGUCACAGACCAGCACAAGGGCUUGCAUCAAUCCCCCACCUCGGAAUGAGGGCUCAGAGUGUGAAGGUCACAGUAUUCAAACCAAGAACUGCAGCAGCCCACACUGUCCAGAUGGUGAUACCUGCCAUUGGUCUGCUUGGAGUUCAUGUUCCCUCACCUGUGGGGCAGGCUAUCGAAGCAGGAGCUGCUCAAAAACAGGAGAAGAGCGACAGGAAUUGGAGCCAUGUUACCAUCAGCCAUGCCCAGUUGACUGUGAACUGGGCUUAUGGAGUGAAUGGUCGGCGUGUUCAUGCAUCUCUCCUGUGCAACACCGAUAUCGUGUUGCCCGCAGACCCCUGUUUGGGGGGAAACCCUGCAGAGGGCGAGAGAAGGAGUCCAGAGUGUGUCACCAAAUGGAGUGUGCAGAUACCAAGUGUGAAAGUCCAUUUGAGCACCGAAUGUGUGGGUCAGGCUGUGGUGGUCACUGCUCUGACCUCAGCCAGAGCCAAGAAUGUGAUGUCACUGGGCAGAAAUGUGUAGCAGGAUGUUAUUGUCCAGAGUACAGCACUAAAUCAAUCUUCAAGAUCAUCGACAACACCAUUGGUAUCAGCCGGAUCAACAGCAGUGAUGAGUUAGACUACAGGAAAGAGAUUGUGAACCUCAUCUCACGGUAUCAGAACAACAACCUAGCCCUUAAUGGUCUCUGGGAGCAAGACAGCAAGUGUGUUCCGUCCUCUGAGUGCGAGUGUCUUUAUCUUCAGCAAUCAGAGGGGAAGAAAGCCCCAUUGCCCAUACGUGUGCGACCUGGUGGAGUUGAGCUUAGUGAGUGGUCACACUGGACUGGUUGCUCUUCCUGCAUCCCUUGGACUGUCCUGAAUGAAUCUUCAGCUACUAUCUUGCACAAACACCAGCUCAACACCGUAAACAUCACCCUGCUCCCUGGUGUGGCCCAGUAUUUACUGAGCGAAGAACGGUACCGAGUAUGCAUGGUGUUGGAUUCGGGACAGCCUGUAAUCGAGAAUCUAUGCAGUGAACAUCUGGUGGAGAAUCGGACCUAUGAUUGUUCCUGGGGUUCCUGGGGUCUAUGGAGUCCAUGCCGUGAGCCUUGCAGUGGUGGAUUCCGUAUCAGGCAACGCCGCCUCACUCGUGCACAAGACACAGCGAACUGUCAAGAACCCAAGUUCCAAUCGGAAAGUUGCAAUACUGCCAUGUGCCCAGGAGAACUCUGUGAAGACCGAGAAAAAGAGUUUGUAUCAUGUGCAAAUCACUGUCCAAGGACAUGUACUGACCUGUGGGACCAUGUGCAGUGUCUACAAGGAAUGUGCAAACCAGGUUGCCGGUGCCCCAGGGGUCAGUUGCUGCAGGAUUCCAGCUGUGUAUUAGUCUCAGAGUGUCGCUGUGGUCUACCCAGUUCAAACGGCACUGUGGAAUAUCAGCCAGGAGACAGGAUCUUUGUUCCGUGUGGCACCUGGUAUGUUGUGGUGCUGUUUGCUUUUGCAGUGCCUGUGUUAAUGGGACAUUUGACUGCACUGAUUCACACUGCACAGAGCAGAACUCCUGGUCUGUAUGGAGCCAAUGUUCCAGGAGUUGUGGAGGAGGUCAACGGAUUCGCAGUCGUACAUGUGGAAGGCUGUCCAGGAAAGCAGAUCUUCAGCACCUGUGCCAACAUCUGUCCACGUACCUGCUCAGAUCUUCAACCUGAAGUGGAAUGUCAACAAGAGGACUGCAAACCUGGAUGCCUGUGUCCACAUGGACAACUUCUGCAGGACUGUCCUGAGGGUGAGAUUUGGAACGGAGGGCCAGUGGAUUCUCAUUCCUGCGAGCGAUCGUGCCGUGAUGUUCAUUCAGUGACCGUGACAAGUUGCAGUUCAGCUGGGAAAGACUGUGUGUGUGAAGCAGGAAGAUACAGAAACACCUCGGGUUACUGUGUGACUGCAGCUUACUGUGAGUGCAUCGUUGGUGAUGCCACUCUCUUGCAGCCAGGGUACGAAUGGACAGAUGGUUGUGACCAGUGUCGAUGCGUCAAUGGAAGAAAGGUUUGUUCUGCUGGGUGUCCACCACUUAACUGCCUGGAGGGCUAUGUAAAAGUAGAGGAUCCUGGGAAAUGCUGUCCUGUCUGCAGAAAAGAAAUUCCUGAUGAUUUCUCCACAAAGUGUCAACGUUACACUGAAAUGCGGAACAUAUCUAAGGGUCAGUGUCGGCUGGAGAAUGUGCUGGUCAAUUCCUGCAGUGGAAGCUGCCUGUCCCAAGUACAAGUCAUCCCAGAGGAGCCAUACCUGCAGAGUCAGUGUGAGUGCUGCAGUUACCGUCUGGACCCUGAUAACCCUGUGCUGUUCAUGAAUUUGCAGUGUGAUAAUGGAGAUGUGGAGCCUAUUGUCCUUCCAGUUAUUCACAGCUGUGAGUGCAGUAGUUGCCAAGGUGGAGAUUUUACCAGACGUUGA